GUGACAACUAUUGCCUUCUGCUUCGGGCGGCUGACACAGCGUGGGUGGCGAUGGCGAGCCGACCAUGUUGGAAGCCGAGAUGAACGUAGAGGUAUCAUCUCCAUCGUCGCCUUCCGGAUCGGAGUUGGCCGUCUCAGCCAGAGAGCACAGCUGUACGGCCUUCGCUGCCCGCUGGGUUCUCUUUUGCCACCUUUGCUGCUUUAUGCUGGCAGCUUGGCAUGUUCCAGAACUGAGAAAGGUGUUCGGGUUUUACGGACAGAGAGAGUGUUGUCUUCCCUUUCUUAUCUUGGAGGUGUUAAAGGUGAUGCCGUGGCUGUGAUCGCAGCAAGGAUUUCGAUUAGCAGCUAUCUUUUUCUGUCAUCAAUGGAGAUCGUAGCUUUUCCAUCUACUUCUGAGAUGUUUAACCACCAAGAUGCGUCUAACUUUGACGAGCUCUCGAUGGAGCAAAGCCUGCUCUUCUCUGACACCCUCAAGGACUUGAAGAAAUUGAAGUUGCAAUUGUACUCAGCCGCAGAGUAUUUUGAGUUGUCAUACGCUACUGAUGACAACAAGCAGCUUGUGUUCAACACCUUGAAAGAGUAUGCUAUUAAGGCUCUGGUUAAUACUGUGGAUCAUCUUGGAUCAGUAUCAUUCAAGGUAAACAGCCUUCUUGAAGAGAAGGUUGAUGAGCUGUCUGGGGUGGAGUUCCGAGUUUCGAGUAUUGAACAGAGAAUUCGAACAUGCCAAGAACUUGUUGACCGCGAAGGUCUUCUCCAACAGUCUCUGGUGAUUAAAGCUCCCAGUUAUUCCAAGCAGUACACUUUCCCAGUAGGUAAAUCCAUGCCUGAUUCAGGAAGGCAUGCAGCACCAAAAUAUGAGAACCUGAAUGCGGACAAUGAUAAUAAUACUGAACCAUACAAAUCUCACUCUGCAGUCCAUUUGACAAAAAUGGUCAAGCCACCUUCUUUCAGGAAAAUGCUCGCCAUGUCACCUCUAUCUCCUAGGAAAAUGCAUCCUUCAUUGCCGUCACAACAACCUAAAAGGGCUUUCGGUGCAGAGAAAAAAAUUCCUUUUUCAUUGCCGAAUCCACUUGCGCAAUCAAGAUUAUUUAUAACAAGGUCAACUGAACUCAACUCAUUAUUGAGUAUUGCAGGGCAGUCUUCUUCACGAACUCAGAAAUUAGCAUCCGUGAGCUUGCAUGCUGAAUGGAAAAACCAAAAGGACAGCGAGCAGAACCAAAGCAAUGGCAAGAAAUUCCUCAAGUCUCUGCUUAGUAGGCGCAAAUGAAAAGAUGGUAUGCUCUAUAAUUAUGUGGAUGAAUCCCGAGAUAUUUAAUCUGUAAGAGAAACUCGGAGAGAGAAAAAAAACAGUCGGUCAUCCACAUAGAACUCAUCUAUUUUAAUAUGUUUUCAAUUUUAUCUCAAUUUCUACGGUGAGCAAACAGAAAGCUGCAUGGUACAAGGCAAUCGAUAGGAAGGCGUAGUAGUAGUCAUUAACUGUGCUCCUGUUGCCUCAAAUUUAUGUUCUUUGUAUGGUUUUGUUCUGUGUAUCUCCAAUUUUACCUAUGAAAUUAUAGAAAAUUUUGUUUAAUAAUGGAAAGGAGCUGUUAUUUUAUUGUAAAAUCACUGCAAUUACUACAACUAUUGGGUGCAUUGAUGACAAAUAAAUACUGGAUCCAUUUCUGCAAUGGUUUUCUUGGCUUUUCUAUUUUAUGCAAUUUAGACAAGGGAUUAGCAGUUUUGAUCAUUUUCAAGGUUCAAAAUUGGCCAAGAAAAAUCUUCUUAUAUGCUAACCAAGCUCUUAGUUGCUAAAAAAAUAGCAAAAUAUCUCUUGAUGAAUGAAAAUCGUAUGCUAAUUUUGUUUAUAUGCAAUUUAUCAAAGGUUAUUUUUCCUUUUUUGCGACACCAAGAGUCCAAAACUGAACAUCAAAUGGUUGCUAACUAUAAAUUGAACUAAAGCAAAUACCAGCACCCUGUCAAAUUCUAGUAAGAUGAAAUGUAGUACAUGUACCAUGUGAGACUAGGGUUUUGGAAGAACAAACAGACUAUUAUUAAUCAUUUUCUGGGGUUCUCUUUUUUGUUGUCAACUCUUGUGCAAUCUUUGCCACAGAAAUUGUUAGAUCUACAGCCAGGACAAUGUCAGCAUCCUUGAACCAUGCAAGAGUUCCAUAAUGGUGGUCAAAACUAUAAGAUCACCAACAAAGGUAGAUCAACAAAAGUACAAUUAUACAGAUAAUGAGAUAAAAUCUAUCAUGUGUUCUAAGAGGAGUCAACACAAAGGACCACAAGAUGCAGCUAGGAUAACACCAAGAAUUAUCCCAUGCCUUAAUAAGGAAAUAACUUUAUCUGCUGAAUAGUCUAUUCAAAGCCUAUGACACCCCUUUUAUAGUGUCAGGACCCUGUUAGAUUCCAUGCUAGGGUGGAUUUACCUAUGGCCAUCAGGAGGAAGACAAGAGUCCUGAUUAGACUUUGCACAUGUGGCAGGAGAAGUCAUGUUUGCUCUGCACUCUCCAUCUUGGCUUUUGUUAACUGGAAUUUGCCUUCAAUGAGGUCAUUAAGCCUGUGUGUUUUCAGUAACAACUAGAUGUCCCAACUAUUUAUGUUGGGUUGCUUGGAUCUUUCUUAUUGAGUAAUGUGUAGGAUUGUCUUUCUAGUUAGAUAGCAUUUAGAUAUCUUUUUACUGUAUUCAAUAAAGUCUUCUUAAUUCUUCUUCUAUUUCCCUUGGCAUCUAUCUUUAAUCCUCAUCAAUUCAGUUUAUCUAGUCACAUCAACUACAGAUGGAAAUACACAGUGAUGGCCAAAACUUAAUUGACAUUGUCAUUAUUCUUAAAUUUGCAAAGAAUGCAUUCUAAAAUGUAUGAUUUAUGAUAGUUGAUUCUUUUGAUGUGUUGGUUUGAUAUGAAUAAUAGCAAAUGGCACAAUUGCUAGCUUUGAACCUUUCUUUCCAUAUUAAAUAAUUCAAGCUUCCAAACUGUAACUAUUAAUUUCUUGAUUACUCUGAAAAACACAUUUUUAACCUCUCAGAAAGAUCUGCUUUCUUAGAAAUCUGGAUAUUAAUCUCAUUUCCUUUUAUAACACAAAACAUUCCUGUAUUGUUCAUAAUCACAGAGAGAUCUUGAAUACCAUGCAUUUACCUGCAUUUAAGUAAUUGGCCUUUUACACUUAUCUAGCAAAUGCUCUUGAAAACAUCUGCUGCUAUGGUGAAAAUGUAGAAUUUUGUUACCAAAGAAAUGAAAGAAACAAAAACUCUUCUGAAGGAUGAAGAUUAGCAAAGGUAAUUGUUGGAUGUGACUCUUGUUCUAAUUCUGGAUUAAAAAUAGAUACAUUUUAUGAUCUAAGACCAGCCUAAGUCAUAAGGGGGUUGACAAAUCAUUGUAGGAUGCUUUAACUCAUCUCUUCAGUGGAAAGAUGAGCAUGAGCUAUAGAGCAGGUAAUUACAGUUCAAUAAUUUUCUCAUUUUUAACUAUGACUAUUAAUUAGAUGCAUGGGAAACACCACAAGCUGUGGAUCUGUUGGUGAAAUUCUCCAGAUCGCCUUAACCCUAGAGAAGUUUCAGAUCUUGCUGUUUUAAGCUCCCAGUCUGCUUGCUCUCAUCAAUUAACAUUGUUUUCAGCUAGACCUUGUGCAAGAAAAGGAGAUUAACAGAAGUUACCAACCAAAAUUUAUAUUCUACAUGUCGGCAUAGUCGAUAGAAGGUAUUUUUUUGUCGAAUUCUUAGAUUUUCCUGCACUCUUUUUAUCUCACCAUUCUUUGGUGAUCAUGGUGGUAGCUGCAUCCCCACUUCUUUCUCAGAAGCUGCUCAGUGGAUAUGGGGUUGAACUACACACUGGUGCAUGUUUCAAUGGGUUGGCAGCCACUGCUUUGAUUCUUGUGGUGCAGGAAUUGGUCCCCAUAAAGAUGAUGGUUACAGAUAGCAACCCUCAAGAAGUAGAAGAAGAAGAAGAAGAAGAAGAAGAAGAAGAAGAAGAAGGCCACCUCUGUCAUGUUCAUGAUCAUGGAAGAGGCCACUAUUUAAUAGAUAAGAUGCUUCCAUGUAGAUGUUGACAGACCUACUACAAGUUCAUAGGUUUGGAUUUACUUGAAACAUUUUCAAAGCAACACCCAUGCUUUUCCUUUCAUUUCUGAGGUGUGAGAGUCAGAUAGAGAUCAAGAUGACCUCAAUUCAGUUCACCAAAAUGAUUAAAGAGAUGAGUAGAGACUCAAAGAUGAAAUGAUAACACACAUAUAAGAUCAUUGACUUGCUUCCUUACGGAUUAUUACAUGAAACAAGAGACUAGUAGUACAAAUUCACUCUCAUUUUACUGAUUCAAAGGCUACACUCUGAUUCAAACCAGUACAUGUAUUGUUCAGCGGCACAAGAAGAUCGAGUAGGGAGCUCCUGCCUCAACAAGAACCACAUGAACAUCGGCAUCUCAGUAUUGCCAUACAGUUGAAAAAUUUGACAACAUGUAGAACAUAAA